CGGGGGCGUGGCCUUUGAGCGGCCUCUGGACAUGAAGAGAGGUCUGUGGGGGUGGGGAGGCCAUUUGCAGUCAGGAGACGGAGCAGUUAUAAGUGGUUGUGAAGAAGGCCCAUGAUUAGCAAGGCGAAGCCUGACGGUUCCUGUGAGGGAGUUUGGGUGUAAUCCUGCUCUUGGCCCACAUGAAGUGCAGUAAAAGGCACUCACCAUGAGGAGCUUUAUAUCCAGAACAAAAACAUAAAUACCUGGAAAAACUCAGCAGCUCUGACAGCAUCUGCAGAGGGAUACAGUUGACGUUUUGAGUCCGUGUGACCCUUCAUCAGAAUUAAGACAUAUACAUCCUGGCUCUCUUUCACGUUUACCAAGUCCAAGAAACCCGCAUAACAACUGGGUAAAUGCUCAAGCACAAGGAGGAUCUCAGAGGUUCACAAUAUCCAGUUGCUGAUGACCAUGCCUUGCAGAACCCAGGAGGAUGCAGUGAUCAACCUGAAGUCUGUCCAGGAACUUGCCAAAGACCUGGGCUUUCAAUGGACCAUCGUGGCCAACGAGCUGGGCUUCACCAGGGCAGAGAUCGGCCGUUUUCAUGCAGCCUCUAUGCAGAAAAAGGUGCAAGCAAAGAAAAUGUUAGAGAGCUGGUAUGAAAAAUCAUGGAACAAAAUGAAUAAAACAAAGUUACUGCAGGAUGCUCUGGAGAGGGCUGGACAAAAGGACCUGGCAGAAAAACUGCAAUGUCUGCACUGGGGGCAUCAGAAACUCAGCAGCCGUGUGGAGCUACCCUCAGCCUUCCCAUUCCUUAUCGUCAUCCACAAGACCAUCAAUAAUAGGGAGGGCCUGCAGAAGAUCAAUCAGCUCAGCCAUAAAUAAGAAAGAAAGAACACUGGCUGUUGUCUUUUAACAACGCUCUAUAAAGUAAACAGUGAUAUUAAUAAACUUAAAAAUGUUGCUUCAGCUGUAUAAAUCUGUAGUGGUGUGAGAGACACAGUAAAAGCAGCAAACUUUA